GUUUAAAGAUGGCGGACAGCAACAUCAGAGUCGGUGAAUGAAGCGUGUUUUGGUGUAAAUCAGACGGAUUAUCUGCAGCUGCGGGGACAGAAAGACUUCUGAUGCACAGAUAGAAACCACACAGACUGCGAAACGUGUGACCAUGAGCAGCCGCAGAAAGAGGGCCCCCCCCGUGAGGGUGGACGAGGACUCCAAGAAGAAGCUGAACUGGAACAUGCUGGACGACCGCAGGAUGGAGGAGCAGGAGGAGACCCCCACCUGCUCCAUCCUGCCUGUCCAGCCUCCUCCCUGCACAGACUCUGUCUCCCCCCUCGAGCAGGACGUCCCGGAGGCUUCCUGCUGCUUCACAGAGGAGCCCCCCGGCACGUCGUCAGACAGCACGUCUGCCUCACUCGCCCUCACCGUGCUGCCCGCUCUGACGCCGGCCCACAGCUGGGGGGCGCUCAUCGGGGAGUUCAGCGUGUGUCCGUCUUGGAUGCCGUCCGACUGCGAGCGGAGAGCUCUGGUGUUGCACAGGGUGGGGGAGCAGCUCUGCCUCGGCUACAGCGGCACUGAGGAGAGCUCUGGGCUGCAGGGGGGGCCGGACCAGGACACGUGCACAGCUGAGUGCAGCCUCGCUGGGAUCCUGCUGGAGGAGCUCGACUGGAUGCAGAAGAGGAGGGUGUUGCAGCUCCGCCACCAGCAGGACGGCAGUGCAGUCAAGGUGGGGGUUUACGUGCUGCAGACCGGGCUGGGGAAGCCCGAGCUCCUCAGCGAGGGAAGCGCUCGGAUGAAGAAGGCCAAUCAGCUGAUGCAGAAGUUGAUGGAGUAUUUCUACGACUUCAUUAUCCCCGAAGUCGUAGAGAGCGGGGAGGAGGAGUGCGACACCGACCUGGAGAGGCAGAACGUGGAGGAGCUCUACGAUUACGUCCGACAUCUGCACCAGAGAGAGAGCCGCGAGGAAACCUGCGACCUCCAGCACGAAGCGCUCGUUCCUGUGCUCAGGCCGUACCAAAGCCAGGCCGUCAACUGGAUGCUGCAGAGAGAGAAGUGCAGGAAGAGCUCCACUCCAGCAGAACAAAGUCUGCAUUUCCUCUGGAGGGAGCUGAUCACUCUGUGUGGAAAGAAGUUGUUCUACAACCCGUUCACCGGCUGCCUGGUCGCAGAGUUCCCCCCGGCGGGCGUGGCAUGGCCCGGGGGGAUCCUGGCGGAUGAGAUGGGUCUGGGGAAGACGGUGGAGGUUCUGGCUCUCAUCCUGUUCCACAGCCGGCAGGACCUGCAGCAGGAGACGCUCUGCCUGCCGGAGGGAAAGACAGUGAACUACUUUGUCCCUCUUCCUCCUCUGGAGACGCAGGAAGUGAUCCAGCUGAAGUGUGAAGCUCAGCCUCGAGGCAGAACCUCGAACCCAGCCGUGCGCGUCAUGCUGCUCACUGCGAUCAAGGAGAUGAGAUCCGGUAAAGGAGCCUCCGUCAACGCCGUCUUCACCUACAUCCGCGCCACUUACGGCUACGACCUCCUGAGAAACCGCGGCCACACGAAGAAGACGCUGGUGAAGCUGAUCGACGAAGGCCUGGUGGACCGGGUCAAAGGUCGCGGCCUGGCCGGGUCCUUUAAACUGGGGAAGAAGUACAAAGAGACGAAGAAGACGUCAGCAGCAGCUUCCACAGCUAACUCCAGAAACACAGAGAGCACGCCCAGGAAGAUGUUCCAGAGACGAGCCAAAGACAAAGCAGAAGCAGCUCUGAACAUCUGUCUGAGAGACGAGCAGAGAGACGAGCAGAGAGACGGAGAGACGUGCAGAGAGACGGGCAGAGAGAGGGGCAGAGAGACGGGCAGAGACGAGCAGAGAGACGAGCAGAAAGAGGGGCAGAGAGACGAGCAGAGAGACGGGCAGAGAGACGGGCAGAGAGACGAGCAGAAAGAGGGGCAGAGAGACGAGCAGAGAGACGGGCAGAACUCUGCUGCACCGGGCCGUGCAGCGCCCGAGGAGACAGACACGAAGAAGGAAAGUGAGGAUCAGGCAGAAGACAAACCAACACUACCUGCAGCUCCUCAGCUGGACCCCCUCCCCCCCAGAGCGUCCUCUGUUCCCUUCAGCUCGCCGGACUUCCACUUCGAGUGCAUCUGUGGGGAGCUGGGCCUCGUGGACUACAAGGCUCGCGUGCAGUGCAUGAAGUGCGAGCUGUGGCAGCACGCGGCCUGUGUGAACUACAGGGAGGAGAGCGUGGAGACGACGCCCUUCUACUGCCCGCACUGCCUGGUGGCCAUGAAGCCCGUCUGCACCGGGGCCACGCUCAUCAUCUCCCCCAGCUCCAUCUGCCACCAGUGGGUGGAGGAGAUCAACCGGCACAUCCGCUGCUCCUCACUGCGCGUACUGGUGUACCAGGGCGUGAAGAAGCACGGCUUCAUGCAGCCUCACAUGCUCGCUGAGCAGGACGUGGUCAUCACCACCUACGACGUGCUGCGCUCGGAGCUCAACUACGUGGACAUCCCUCACAGCAACAGCCGCGACGGACGCCGCUUCCGCAACCAGAAGCGCUACAUGGCUGUCCCCAGCCCCCUAGUGGCCGUGGAGUGGUGGCGCGUCUGUCUGGACGAGGCGCAGAUGGUCGAGUGUCCCACCGCCAAGGCUGCAGAGAUGGCUCUACGCCUCCCGUCUGUGAACCGCUGGUGUGUGAGCGGCACUCCUGUGCAGCGAGGCUUAGAAGAUCUGUAUGGCCUCGUGCUUUUCCUGGGAGUCGAUCCGUACUGGGUGAAGCACUGGUGGCUGCAGCUGCUUUAUCGACCGUAUCGCCGAGGAAACACGGAGCCGCUGUACAACGUCAUCGCUGCCUUACUGUGGCGGUCAGCGAAGAAAGACGUCAUCGAUCAGAUUCAGAUUCCCCCCCAGACAGAGGAGGUGCACUGGCUGCACUUCUCCCCCGUCGAGGGUCAUUUCUACCACCGUCAGCACGACGUCUGCUCCCAGGACGCUCUGGUGAAGCUCAGGAAGAUCUCCGACUGGAGCCUGAAGCUCGGCAGCCUGGACCGACGCACCGUGCACACCAUCCUGGGCCCGCUGCUGAGGCUGCGGCAGGCCUGCUGCCACCCCCAGGCUGUGAGGGGGGAGUUCCUGCCGCUGCAGAAAAGCACCAUGACGAUGGAGGAGCUCCUGAAAUCCCUGCAGAAGAAAUGUCGAGUGGAGUGUGAAGAAGCUCACAGACAGUUAGUGUGUGCAUUCAACGGGCUGGCUGGACUCCACAUCAUCAGAGGGCAGUUUGGAGACGCAACAGAGAUGUAUAGAGAAGUGCUGCGUUCAUCAGAGGAGCACAAAGGCAGACUGAAAACUGACUCAUUACAGAGACUUCAUGCGACCCACAAUUUGAUGGAACUGCUGAGCGCAAAGCAUCCUGGGAUACCUCCCACGCUGAGAGACGACCGACUAAGUGAGGAGGCGGAGCAGCUGCGUCAGCACUACAUGACUAAAUACGACUCUGAGGUCGCAGACGCUCUUCAGGCUCUGCAGCCGGUUCUGCAGAACAUCAAGGAGCUGAAACGCAAAGUGAAGCUGAACGCUCCCUGGUGGCUGGACGUCAUCGAGAGGUCGAUCCGCAGCUCCAGCGCCGACGAGCUGGUGUCCCGCAUCAAGAACGAGCUGACGUCCAGCUACAAGCAGCAGGCCAACAAGCUCAGCAUGGCAGACAAGUUCCGUGACGCCUGCGGCCUGAAGUUCAUACUCAGCACGCAGAUGAAGGAUCUGAUGAAGGCCCAGAAGACGGUGCAGGACGCGGUGAGGAGCCUCGAAGGCCCGGCGUCAAAGAAAGUUAUCGACGAGGUCACCAUCUGUCACCUCAGGCCCACGAGGCUGCCGCUCAAUAAUUGUGUUUUCUGCAAAGCCGACGCCCUUUUCAUCGACUACGAGUCCAAGCUGUUCUCUCACACGGUGAAGGGUCAGACGGCCAUCUUUGAGGAAAUGAUCGAAGAUGAAGACGGGCUGAUGGACGACCGUCUGCCCACCACCAGCAGAGGUCUGUGGGCGGCCAGCGAGACGGAGCGCUCCCUGAAGGCCGUGCUGGCUUUCGCCCGAGUGAAGCGCAUGGAGGCGGAGCUGCUGGAAGAGGGCACCACCUUCAUGGAGCUGUUUGAGAACUGGAAGAAGGAGUACAAGGUGCUGCACGAGUACUGGAUGGUGCUGAGGAACCACGUGUCGGCCAUCGAUGAGCUCGGCAUGGCCACCGAGAGGCUCCGCGUGCGUCUGCCCGAUGAAGCGAAGCCCAAACUGCUGCACAUCAUCGAGCCGCACGAGGUGGAGCAGAACAGAGUGAAGCUUCUGAACGAUCAGGCCGUCGCCAAGUCUCAGCUCCAGAAGAAGCUCGGACAGUUUCUGUACCUGACGAACCUGGAGAAGUCACAGGAUAAAUCUACUGGAGGACUGAACCCAGAGCCGUGUCCCAUCUGUGCACGACCCCUGGGGCAGGAGUGGGCAGUGCUGACCUGUGGCCACUGCUUCUGCAACGAGUGCAUCGCCAUCAUUGUGGAGCAGUACAGCGUGGGCUCCAGGCGGCGUGCCAUCAUGUGUGCCAUCUGUCGGCAGACCACGUCCCACGCUGAGAUCUCCUACGUGUUCACCACCGUGUCGUCAGACCAGGACCAGGACGUACCUGUGCAGGGAAGCCACUCGACCAAAGUGGAGGCAGUGGUGAGAACGCUGAAGAAGAUCCAGAUGAGCGACCCCGGGGCCAAGUGUCUCGUCUUCUCCACGUGGCUGUGUGUGCUGGACAUCAUCUCUAAGGCCCUGUUCGACAACAACAUGGAGUUCUCUCAAAUCAACGGGAUUCACAAAUUCCAGGAGAACCUGUGCUCCUUCAAAUACGAAGAAAAGAUCAACAUCCUGCUGCUUCCUCUCCACACCGGCUCCAACGGUCUGAACAUCAUCGAGGCGACUCACGUAUUGCUGGUGGAGCCGAUCCUGAACCCUGCGCACGAACUGCAGGCCAUCGGCAGAGUGCAUCGCAUCGGCCAGACCAAGCCAACUUUUGUUCACAGAUUCCUCAUCAAAUCCACCAUUGAAGAGAGAAUGCAGGCGAUGAUGAAGACAGCAGAGAAAAGUCACAGCAGCACCAUGAAGCACUCGGAGGCGGCCGUGCUGACCGUGGCCGACCUGGCUGACCUUUUUACUGAGGACACAGAACACCUGGAGUCAAUGUGAACACCUGGACUCAGACCUGCUGCACAACGGACUCUUCACACAGUGCUGCUCACAGAAGUUCUCGGAUUUUGAACAUUCAA